UCUAAAAAUAGACAACAACCUUCUUACUUUGGACGAUUUAAAAUCUAUGUUCCAAACAAUAUUUCAUUGGAUAGUUGGAAAACCACAACCUCCUCAUUACCGGCAGGGCAACUCUCAGUCAUGCAUAUUCUGUAGGGCUUAUUCCACAAACCGCAGUGACUUUGACAUCGUGUGGGAGGAUGAAGUAUUUGUUGCCUUCCGGGACAUUCGUCCAUCGGCACAAGACCACAUUCAACUCAUCCCCAAAACCCACAUUGAAAGUAUCAAGAAACUUUCUCAGAAGGAUGUGAACAUGCUCCGGAGAAUGGAGGAAAUAGGACAUUCCAUCCUUGAUACGUUUAACGUACCGGUUUCAAAGCGGAAGAUGGGCUUCCAUAUACCGCCAUUCAACUCAAUACUUCACCUGCAUCUACAUGUACAAUCAUUGCCAUACAAUUCGCCCAUACAUCGGCUGAAGUAUCCAUUUGUCCGGGGCUUUGGCAGCUAUGAAAAGGGAUUCAGUUGGUUUGCUGAGAUCGGCCAAGCAAUACGGAUUUUGGAGAAAGGCCAUCGUGUCACCGUUACACCAUGCUAAGCAUUGUCAUAUAAAGCGAUGGUUGAAUGAAGAUGACGACCGUCGCUGUCGUGAUGUAUGUCUUUGUCGCAUCCUACUCGAAUUCGUGUCGUACAUCAAACAGGACUAAGCUCUGGAUCGAUCUGGUCACGAGACCAUGUUCUAGAACUUGAAUGGAACCGAACAUGGAGCAACACCGUGACGAUAUGACGUGCCGGAUGCAAGCUCUGAUAGCUUGGCGAUGAGAACGAGCAGGUCGUCUGACCCCCUUCCAUACGGGGCGUAAGGCCAUUUGUCUAUUUCCGCCAUACGGUGGGGAUAUU